AUUUUAGAAACAUAUGAAAACAGAAGUAUUUAGAUGGCGAGCAUGGCAUGUUUGUGUCAAGCAAUGGUUGUCUAGCUGUUUCGAUACAAAAUUGUUUGUAAAUGUUUGUUUUAAGUUCGUGAAACUGCGUUAACAAGCUGUUAUAUUCUGCUUGGUAUUUCAAGUAUUAAGAAAAGAAGUUGGCAGUUGUGCAAAAGAAAUGGCUUUGAAUUUUACUGAGUGGUCUCGUGAAGCAAAAGAUGAAUUUGCUCAAAAGCGUAUGGAAGAAAUGAAAUUAAAAAAUGAAGCAUUAAAGCAAAGAUAUGCAGAAGUAGAACAAGAUCGUAUAAAAGCUGAAGCUAAAGACUCAGCUGUAACGUCUUUAAAGAUUUCAAAGAAGGAGAAUAUUGCUAUUAAAAAAAAAGAAGAAAUUCUUAAAGUGGAAAGAGAAUGGGACAAAGGGAAAGUUGAUCAAGAUGCUGAUGAUUGGAAUCCACCAAAAUUUUUUGGAUAUCGUUCAAGGAUGCAAAGACGAAAUUUCCAAGAUCGAAGCUCUCCUAAAAAAGAGAACUGGAGGGUGCGAUCUGCGAAUGUAGGUAAAGAUCGUCAAAGUUAUUCCAAAUUCAAGUCUUCUGGUCCUAAUCAUAAGUAUCAAGAAUCCAACAACUAUGGAACAAGUGGUUUUCGCAAUGAAAAUUCCAGUUUUUCGAGACAAAAAGAUAAAGCACACAGAGCAAGUGGUGGAACCUAUAGAUCCUUCCAGAACUCGAGAUUUGAUUUUCCUUCGAAAAAGAUGGGUACUGUAGGUUCGUGUUCCUCUUCUAGCGGUGACAUUGAAUCCGGAUGGCCUCCUUCUAAAGAGGAAAUGGAUUGGCGUUGUGUGGGAAUGUCAGAAAACCAGCAGAAGCAGAGCAGAGUUGCAAAAUGGGUAAAAGCAAUCAAUACGGCUAGUUCUUGGAAUGAGGAAUACAAUAAUGUGAAAGGGAAUGAUUAUUAUGAGAAACGAAGUGAAGGAAAGCCCCGAGAUAUCGUAAAGACUUAUGGCUACACUAAUGAGGAAGGGUACUUUAGAAAAAACCAAUCUUCAAGAGAUCAAACCCACCUAAAGAAUAGAGAAAGGUAUGAUGGUUUGAAGUACGGGCCAUCAUCUCGAGGAAACUCGCGAGCUAGGGGAAAUAAAACUCCAACAGGUGAAAGAACAAUUGGAGGAUUUGAAGAUAAAAACCAGAGAGAUUUCAGAAAAAGGAAUUAUAGUGAUAAAAACAAAUUUAGACGUGAAUCUGAUUAUCACAGUAAUAUCAAAGAAAAAUUUAAUAAAACAGCUUCCGAUUAUUCUGGAAGAAGGGAGGAUGCAGAAUGUAAACCUAAAUAUGACUUCUUAGCAAUGAAAAGAUCAUUUACUAAGAAGUCAACUGAUUAUUCUGAUAUAACGGAGUAUGAAGAACGUAGCAAUAAAUAUAAUUCAGAGAAAAGACCAUUUGAUAAGCAGUCAAGUGCCCGAAAUUAUGGUGAAGAUAAAUUUAGAAAAUCUAAAAAUGUGCAAUCUCCAACUAUCUCAUCUAGCCAAGAUAGAGGGAAGAAAGUUGGUUUUGAUGAAUACAAGAAUCUAGAAAGAUGUCCAUCCUGUUAUCCUAAUUCUAGUCGAUUUGACGAUCAAUAUGUGAAUAACAGAGUCAGUGAGCGUAAGAAAUUAAAUAAAUACAACACUGAAUCGAAAUUCAAGGGGCAACCUGGAAAAAUUGAGAAUGAAAGUACAACUGAUUAUCAAGCAAGUACUGCUUCAUCCUUGCCCGCAGCUAAUGAGUGGUCAAGACUACAUCCUGAUUUGCCGGUGGUUUCAAGUGUUCUUUAUGAAGAAGAAAGUUCUGAUGAUGAGUAUUAUUUUGUCCCACCCAGAAAUGAGGCGACUGUGUGGUCUGAUUACGUACAGAGAUAUUUUGGUUCAUUUGAGGCUUCUUCCUCCAUUACCGAAUUUGGGGACGAGGAUGCGGUGUUUUUCAGUGAUGAUAAUGAAAAGAAAGGUUUUAAAUCAGUUGAUGCUUCUUCAUCCGCUACCAAAACUAUGGAGGAUAAUCCGGAGUUUAUAAAUGAUGAUAAUGAACAGAAAGGUUUUAAAUCAGUUGAUGCUUCUUCAUCCGCUACCAAAACUAUGGAGGAUAAUCCGGAGUUUAUAAAUGAUGAUAAUGAACAGAAAGGUUUUAAAUCAGUUGAUGCUUCUUCAUCCGCAACCAAAACUAUGGGGGAUAAUCCGGCGGCUAUAAAAGGUGAUUAUGAAGAGAAAUGUAAAUCAGUUGAUACUAAUUUGUGCUCAGUCCCGUAUGAGGACGAUCCAGAUUCUACAUGGGCUAAUUAUGAACAGACAUGUUUUGAUUCAGUUGAUAAUUCUUCAUUCGCUUUCGAAACUAUGAAGGAUAAUCCAAAGGAUAUAGGGGAUGAUUAUCUACAGAAAUGUUUUGAAUCAGUUGAUGCUUCUUCAUCCGCAGCCGAAACUACUAUGGAGAAUAAUUUUGAGACCAUAAUGGAUGAUUAUAAACAGAAUACACUUUUGAACAUAGAGAGGAAUGAUAACCAAACAGAAUGUAAAUGCAAUCUUAUGAAGGAAGAAAUUGAUAGGAAUAAAGUUUCUUUGUCACUUGAUUGGAGUACUCCUGUCAUGACAGAUUGUGAUACAAGUUGUGAAAAAUUAUUCUAUGAAAAUUCUGAAUUAAAAAGUUAUGAAGUGUGUGGCCAUGCAGUUUCUGAACUUCACGACAGCAAUGUAGAUGAAAGCGAUAACAUUGAAUCUACAUGCCGAAAUGAAAUCGAGAAACAUGAUGCUGCAGUGGAUUGUAAUGUCACGAUUGAUGAUGUACUUGACUAUAGUAAUGACAGUGUGGAAUAUUCUGGAGAUCAAUAUGAAGGGGAUAUUACUGAAGUACAACAACUCAUUUCUGAUUUAAUAAAUAUUACAGUCGAUUCUUGCGAAGGUAAGAAUUCAAUUACCAAUGGAAGUAACUCUUCUCUUCUAGAAAUAUCAAUAAUUGAAGAUUCUCAAAACACAGCCGUACAAUCUACAGAAACAGAGCUUUCUUGCAAAUUACAUAAUCCUGAGAGUUCUGAUUUAGAAACAACUCAAGAAAAGAUUAAUUUGAAUGAAAUAUCUUCUGUUAAUAUUGACUGUGAAACAUCAACAAAGCAAGCAGUUGAAAAUGAUAAAGCUGAAAUUGUACGUAGUGAAGUAACCGCUUUGUCUAGUCAGAGUAUGACUGCUACAUGUAUAAAAUUCGACUCUGAAAGUGAAUUCAAAUCAUCUGAUCUUGUUACUGCUAAUUCACAAUUUCCUAAACGUCAAGGAAACGGUAUUGAAAAUAGCUCAGGUGCCUUAAAUUUGUCUGAUGAAGGUGGUUGGUCAACCGUUAGCGAAGACGAAAAUGUGUCGGGUGAUGAUAAAAAUAAUAAAGACGGUAAUCCAGCUAAAACAAUUGGAUGCUGACUUGAUUGAUUGCUGUUAUGAACAAUAUAUGUAACAUAUAUUGUUUUUUGAAAUCACUCCUUAAAAGUGUAUGUACUUAGAAUUUUUUUAUACUUACUUUCUUUUCUGAACUAUCAUUUUUAUAAAUUUUCUUUUGUACAAGUAAAAUAUGCCUGUAUAUAUUUCAUCACAUGUAUAAUACGAUUGGUGUGCUCAGAUGUCAUACAUAACUUUUUCAUUCACGUGAUUCAGUUGUAUGAGUUACUAAUAAUAUAGAUAUAGGUCUAUAUUUUUUCAUGGCUUUAAAGAAAGUUGGAUUCCCUUUUUCUGUAUUAUGAAUGUGAAUAAAUAA